CCCUGAUCAUGUGACGACUCCUCCUCCAUGUGACUGAUCACAUGACGGUGACAUCAUCGCAGGUCCUGUAAGCACACGGCUCCUGUACAGAUACAGGUUUCUCCAAUCCAGGAUCCUCUGCUGAUAUCUUCUAUAUAAGAGAAUUCUCCUGGAUGACCCAUCAACCAUGGAGAGAGACAGGAACAAGAUGGCCGACAGGAUCAUAAACCUCACCCUACAGAUACUCUUCCGGCUUACUGGAGAGGAUUACACAGUAGUGAAGAAGUCCUCUAGUGGGCGCUGUCGGGCCCCUGUGUGUGAAGGAUGGGGAAGAACCCUGAGCCCAAUCCCGGGGCCCCCACCUCACUCCCUGAUACAUGAGGAAAUGAAUGAACAGAAGAUCCUAGAACUCAUCAACAAGAUGAUGGAGCUGCUGACUGGAGAGGUUCCUAUAAGGUGUCAGGACGUGGCGGUCUAUUUCUCCAUGGAGGAGUGGGAGUAUGUAGAAGGACACAAGGAUCAGUACAAGAAUCAGGUGAUGAUGGAGGAUCAGCAGCCCCUCACAUCACCAGUCAGAUCCAGUAAGAGAACAGCACCAGAGAGGUGUCCCCGUCCUCUUCUUCCACAGGAUCAUCAGGGAGAAGAUCUGAACAACAUUAAUGCUCCAGAGACAGAUGUGAGCGGUGAUGAGCAGUAUAAGGAGGACAUUCCUACAGGGAAAGAUCUUAUCUAUAUUAAUGUUACAGACAUAAAGGAAGAAGAGACAGAUGUAAGCUGUGAUGAGCAGUAUAAGGAGGACAUUCCUACAGGAAAAGAUCUGAUCUAUAUUAAUGCUACAGUCAUUAAGAAAGAAAAAGAGACAGAUGUGAGCGGUGAUCAGCAGUGUAAGGAGGACAUUCCUACAGGAAACGAUCUUAACUAUAUUAAUGCUACAGACAUAAAAGUAGAAGAAGAGACAGAUGUGAGCGGUGAUGAGCAGUAUAAGGAGGACAUUCCAACAAGUAACCGCCCCGUGCUCUCUGCUGACACCUCUGUCCAUGUCAGGAACUGUCCAGACCAGGAGAGGUUUCCUUCAAAGACUUCAAGGAAAAUUCUUGUAGCAGGAGAUCAGAGGAGAAUCUUAUAUCUUCAGAUUAUAAAGCAGAUGAUGAUAUCACACAAGAUACAUAUGAAGAACAUUCCAUUAUCCCAGAUACACCCUCAGCCCUUCACAGCCAAGAUCUGUCAUCUCAUCCUUAUAUACAGGUCCUGUCUUCUCAGUCAUCACAGAAAGGUCACAGAAGGGGUGUUGGACAUCAAGGAGCUCAUACAGGAAAGAAACCAUAUUCAUGCUCAGAAUGUGGGAAAUGUUUUACUUUUAAAUCAGGUCUUGUUCAACAUCAAAGAACUCACACAGGAGAGAAGCCAUUUUCAUGUUCAGUAUGUGGGAAAUGUUUUAUUCAGAAAUCAGACCUUGUUGUACAUCAAAGAACUCACACAGGGGAGAAGCCAUUUUCAUGUUCAGAAUGUGGGAAAUGUUUUACUCGGAAACCAAAUCUUAUUCAACAUAAAAGAACUCACACAGGAGACAAGCCGUUUUCAUGUUUAGAAUGUGGGAAAUGUUUUGCUCAGAAAUCAGGUCUUCUUCAGCAUCAAAGAACUCACACAGGAGAGAAGCCAAUUCAGAGCAGUAAAUGAUGCAGAUAACACAUCUAUAUAUUAUCCAUGUACAUAGGAUAUCUGACAUUUAUACAUAUAUCAUAUACUGCAUCUCCAAACUUGUUCCCAAUUGUUAAUAAAAGUUUUCUCUCUUAUAUGAUUUAUUAUUCUUAUAUUCAUC